AUGGAUCGACAGCGCAAAAGUCGUCGAAGUUCGAUUCUGAAAAUUCGACAAACGGAGGUUGUUUCGGAAAAGGUCACAGUUGAAGAUGACACCGCAAAGCAAGUAAUGAAACGACGUGUCAGUUUUCAUAAUGUGAAAACUGUGCAAAACUUUGAGAAGGACAAUUUGAAUCUGUUAGAUGGCUCACCAUUUCGAGAAAAAAUUCAGGAGACGAUGAGUUCAGAUGGGAUUUUAACCCCUGGAAAAGGUCAUGUUACACCGACACCUCCAAACACGGAUAAUCGCGCAGAGGCUUCAAGUUUCAUGGACAGCACAAUGCUUUGUUUUGAAGGUAGGUCUUUGCGUAAACUUUGGGCUAAAUACUACUACUAUAAAGAGAACUGUCGAAUUCAAAAAUGUCAUUGA